AUGACCACUAAGGAGGAGAAGAAGGAGGGACCCUUCUUGGUCAAGUCGGUGUACGAGCACCCGGGCUACUCCAAGGAGGACAUGCACGCCGUGAAGUACGAGCAUCGCCCCGUACAGAGCUUUAGGGACGCCAUCACUUUUGGAUUCAUGGUGGGGCUAAGACGCUCUUUUGACCUCUGCACCGGCUACAUCGAGCCCCGGGACGAGAAGCACCAGAUAGAAAUCGGUAAGGGCCCUAACAGAAUGACCGUCGAGAAGUGGUUGACCAGAGUCAUUAUUUUGGAGUCGGUUGCAGGCAUCCCCGGCGCUGUCGCAGGCUUUUUGCGUCAUCUGAACUCUAUCCGGAUGUUCAGAAGAGACAUGGCUUUUAUUGACACCUUGUACGAUGAGGCGUUCAAUGAGAGAAUGCACUUACUCACUUUCUUGAAGAUGGCCAAGCCAACAAUCUUCACCAGAGCUUUGUUGUGGGUUGGCCAGGGGCUUUUUGCCAAUGCUUUCUUCAUGGUUUACUUGGUAUCUCCAAAAACCUGCCACAGGUUUGUUGGCUACUUGGAAGAGGAGGCCGUCAGCACCUACACAAGAUGCAUCCGUGACAUGGAGCUCGGACUCUGCCCAGAGCUGGAGCAGCAGCCUGUACCACAGAUCGCCAAGGACUACUGGAACAUGGGCGAUGACGCUACUAUGUAUGAUCUGAUCCAAUACAUCAGGGCCGAUGAAGCAAAGCACAGAGAAGUGAACCACACCUUUGCCAACCUCCAGCAGAAAGGGGAGGACAGAAACCCCUUUGCUUUGACCAUCGAGGACGACCCAAGACCACAGCCUUCCCGUACACUCAAGAACCACCAUGCCAAGGGCUGGGAGAAGAAUGAGUUGAUCCUCUGA